ACCGACCUAUUGCCUUCAGCACGGCAAGGAGGGUGACUUCCAUAUGGGCCCCCAGGCUGGGGAGUGCAGAGGGGGUGGGGCAGGGGAAGGCGCGGUCGAACUGGGGAAGGAGGAAGUCGCCUGCUCCCCGUCCCAGGCCAAGAACGUCUCCUGCUUUUGUGCUAUAAGCUCAGGAACCCCUGUGAGCUCCAGGCCCCCGAGUGGCAGAAGCAGCCACUCUGCACCAGGCCAAAUCAUGCCAUGCCACACGCUCUGCCCCUGCCCCUGCCCAGCCUUCAGCCUGCCUCCUUUCCUAGGUGCCACUGUCCCAUGACUGGCUCAUCUCCAACCCAGCUGGGACAUGUGGCUUGGUGUGUUUAUCUCUCUUUCCAGAUGCUCUGGGGUUCCUGCCAGCCAAAGUCUACAGCUAUUUGGGGGGGCUGACUUUAUUCCUUGUUUCUAGCCCCCUCGCCCCCAGUUCUCAGAUGUCCCUGCGUUGUCCUGUCUUUCCCCAGCUCCAGCACUUCCUCAGCCCCAUGGCUCCUUUGCCUGCAUUCCAGGAACUGGCUCCUCACGCUGGGGCCAGAGCCCAUCCUGACUGUCCUCCAAACAUCUCACCCCAAGAAGCCUCCGGCUGGAGAGCACAAGGAGCAGCAGGAACCACCUGGCUCUGCGCCUGGGGAGUGAAACGCCCUGCAAUGAAAGACUGGCCUGGAGAAAGAGGGGAUGGGACCAGCUUGGCUCCAAGUGGCCCCGGCAUGGUGGCCGAAGGGCCAGGCAUGACAGUUGUCUAGCGCUGGGUCCCGCUGUAGCACCAACUGUGCCUGGAGGCACUGUCACAGCACCAUGGAUGGCAAGUGCCAGCAAAGUGCCCAGGGUUCAGUCCAAGGAGGGGAGGAGGAUGUCAUGUGACCCUUGCUUGCUUCUGGCAUUGCCAAGCCCAUCCACUCCACAGUUGAGCACAGCCCUUGGGAGAAGAGCCAGGCCUGGAUUUUCUCAUCCACCCAGGGAGCUGCAUUCACAGCAUCUUCCUAAUCCUUUCUCCAGGAGGGGGCAGCAGCACAGGCCAGAGGAGAGGGCUGAACCCAUAUGCAGGCUGCUUGGGGAGGGGAACCAUCACUACAGGGCUGGAGGAGAGGCUGGGAGCCCCGGCUAGAUAGCCCUGUCCUGCAUGGAGGCUCAGAUUCCUGGCACCCUCUGGAGCUCUCCUGUCGUCACUUUCCUGUUUACAUGGGGAUCCGGUUUCCCACCCAUCUGGGAUGUAGGGAAGGGUGCUGUCCUUGGGAACACAGCAAUAGCAAAAGAAGGGGAACCCCAGUCCCCCUCCAGCCCUGGGGGCCCAUGGGAAUGGCCAGGGUCAGAAAUGGCUACUUGGAGCCCAGACUGUCCUGGCCAGGCCAUUCCAGACCCUGGAGUGGAUACCAUGUAUACAGCCAUGACUGAGAGCAGAGGGGGCACAAAGGGUCCAUGCUGGCUGCAGGCUGAGGGAAACUUCCCCGGGCACUGCAAGGCUGGGAACUGCACAGUCAGUGCCCAGGUGUGUGACGCUUUGGGCAUCAGCAAGUGUGUUACUCUGGAAGCAGGGUCGUCAUCAGCGAGUCCACCCCCCUUCUCUCUGUUCCUGCUCCCUCUCCCCCCUUUGCGUGCACCAAGCCCCCGUGGUUCCUGGGGGAGGGCACAGAGCUUCCCUCUGAGGGGAAUCAACCUGCAUCUGACAUGGAACCUGUGCUUGAUCCCUGCCGGGUUAGUGGAGCUGGGGGCCAGUUUGCCUGUCCAUUUCCUAGGCCCCCACCCUGCUAAGGGCAGAGAAGGGCCCGGCCUCCUUGUGGGAGGGAAAGGUGGCUCCAGGCCCUCUCAAACCAGCAGUGGUUCUCAGGCUUUAGGGUAGAUGCUGCCUAAGGGCUGAGCCUCCUCCAGGCCUGGGUGGCCACUGAGGCCAGAGCCCAUAGCCCGAGGAGGCAGGAGUGGGGCCAGAGUCCGGGGUGCACUGGUCCCAGCUCCGAGUGAUGGGAGCAGCUGGGCUGGGCUUCGUCUGAUAUUAAUAGACAUUCCUAAGAAAAGCUGCCGAGGAGGGAGCGGGUGCCUCUCUCUCUAAAUAAGGAAGAGAAGCAGCUGGGUCUAGGCUGGGGCUGGGAAGGAUGCCCAGGCUGUGGCCGACUUCUGACUUUGGAGAGACACAGAGCCCUGGGGAGCUAGCAGCUUCUCACCCAUGCCAGGGACAGGACCCAUGGGGCUCCUGAAGGCCUGCGGGCCCCAGGAACAGGGAGCGGGAUUAACUCCGGAUUGGGCGGAGGCGGAUCUAGACGACGCAUCGUGCACAGAAGGGAGCCCGGUCGGGCAGCCAGCCCCGGGCUGGGCAGGAUCCGGGUUCCCGGGCGGAGGCGGAGCUGCGCAGGGAGGAUCCAAGGAGGAGCCGCGGCUGAGCGGCCAUCGCAGCCUGGACCGCAGCCCCGCCGAGCCCAUGGCCUCCCGCCUCCUGCACCGCCUGCGGCAUGCCCUGGCUGGAGAGGGCGACCGGGAGGGACAGGGCGGAGGUGGCUCAGAGGUGGAGGAAUUCCCAGAGAGCUCCGAACUGGAGGAUGACACUGACAGGCUGUCCACACGGCUUAGCGGCACCCUGAGCUUCACCAGUAACGAGGAGGAGGAGGCGGCAGAGGAGAAUGAGGAUGAUUCCGCUAGCCAGGAGCUGGGGGAUCUGUGUGAGCUGGGGCUGCCCAAGAACCCUGGAGAUCCAAGCCCUGCUCCAGCUGAGCGCCAGGGCAGUAACCUACUGACACGCCAGCUCCAGGACUUGUGGAGGAGAUCGCGCAGCAGCCUCGUUCCCCAGCGGCUGCUCUUCGAGGUCACCAGCGCCAGCGUCGUCAGUGAGCGCUCCUCCAAAUACGUGCUCUACACCAUCUACCUGAUCCGCUCUGGCCAGUUUGACAAGGCCCCUGCUGCCAUUGCCCGGCGCUACUCGGACUUUGAGAGACUGAACCGGCGCCUGCGCCUUCAGUUUGGCUGCGACAUGGCGGGUGUCUCCUUCCCCAGGAAGAGGCUGCGCAGGAACUUCACGGCAGAAACCAUCGCCAAGCGGAGCCGGGCCUUUGAGCAGUUCCUGUCCCACCUGCACUCCAUCACCAAGAUCCGCCGCUCCUCUGACUUCCUGGAAUUCUUCUUCCUGCGCGACCUGCAGGCAGCCCAGCGCCUCACCUGCACCGGCUUGUACCGCGAGGCCCUGGCCAGCUGGAGCAACGCCUACCGGCUCCAGGACAGGCUGGGCGUCUGCAACUCGGGCCACUUCCUCCUCACGCUGGCCGGCCUGGUGGUUUGUCAUCAGGAGCUGGAUGAGCUGAGUGAGGCUCAUCGCUCCUGUGAGCAGGCUCUGCAGCUCCUGGAGGCCCAAGACAGCCACCCCUUGCUGGAGCCUUUCCUUCAGGCCCACGUCCACCUGUCCUGGAAGGUGGGGAAAGAUAAGCACCAGUCGGAGGCCAGGCUGCAGGGGCUGCUGGGGGCGGGAGUGGCUCUGCAGCAGCAGCCCACCCUAAAGGAGUUCUUGAUCAAGGAGGCUUUGGAGUGAGUGCCCAGGCUGUGGGGGGAUGGAGCAGUGUGGGGCUCAAGGAAGGAGACUGCACUGUGCAUUGGAAGAGCAGCAGCUGUAGGUCAAGGCUGGGGUGUGUCUUGAGCCUCGGCCUAGGGUGGUAGAGGGGGAGCUGCAGGUUGGGCUCAGUGUGGAGUGGCAGGGCUGUGUCUGGAAGGUGCAGUGGGGAGAGCAGGGUCCUGGUGGAGGGGCGGGGUGGGGCGGGGCCCUGGACUGGCCCAGCACCUGCCUGUCCUGGGAGCUGGUCUCUGCACUGCUGACCUGUGCUCUUGGAAACGGCUCGUCCCCCAGUGCUGGGCGCGCAGCCUCCCUGGAUCCAGGCUGACUCCCCUCUGCCUUUAGGGGAGGGAGCCACUGGAACUAGCCGGGCCAUACUGAUACUGUACUAAAGGGAUUCGCUUGCUCCAGGCAGAGUCUGGGGCUCUCCUUGGGAGCUUUUAAUACUUGAAGACUUGGUAGGAAAAGGGGCCGAGACUCCCCAGAGCAUGUUCAGAUUAGCCCUCCCUAGCCCUACGGCAAGGAGACAGCUCUCAAGCCUUUCAGCAACAACCCUAGGGGCUAGGGCAGCAGUGGGGGGGUGGGAGGAGAGAUCCCCAGACCCACCCCCCACCUUGUGCUUUGUCUGAGAUGAGGAGACAGUCGAUCCUUCUCACCCUCACCCUCUGCCAGGCCUUGCCGUGCUAGGCUUCUGGGACUCCCCUGGGGCCUCUCAAAGCCUGCCCCUCCUGGGCCUACGGGGAGAGCAGGAGCUGCAGCUGAGCGGGUGGGGCAGGAUAACUGAGAAAGGGAAGCUGUAAGGGCUCUGCAGCAGCUUUCUUCCCUGGCACAGCCUGAGCUUCAGCCCGCUUGGCUCUCCUCAGAGCCCCUCUGGGUCUCCACCCUCCUCCGCUCCCACUGGGGGCUCCCUUCUGAGUAAGUCGUAGCCACAGCAGGGCGCUGCUGCAGAGCAGAGCUAUAAAAGCCAUGGAGGCUGGGAUGAGUCUUGAUGGGCCAUGGAGGCUUUAUUAGAGGUGGGGGGGAGGUUGAGGACAGCAUCUGACAGGACACUCUGUAACUAACAGUCAAUAAAACUGCUAUUCCGGCGGCUUGCGUGUGACUGCGUGGUUCCUCCGGUGCAGCAGCAGCGGUCACAGGCUGUGCUGAGGCUCCCAGCUGCACUGAGAUCCUGCUGGCUUGAGGCUUCUCUCCACUCCUGCCCCAGAGCCUGGUCGCGCCC